AUGUCUAACGACAAAGGAAAACAGAAGGGAAUGUUCACUCCAGUAGUCCAGAAAAGCAAGUUGGCGUGGAAAUCUGUGAAAGGAAAUGGAAGCUUAGAGACGCGUGGCAGUGCCCACAGCUCCGCCUGGCGGCAGACAACUCGCAGCGCAGAGUACAGGGUGGUCUGCUACUACGAGAGCUGGGCCGUGUACCGCCCCGGGAACGGCAAGUACGACGUUGAGGACAUCGACCCCACGCUCUGCACGCACCUGCUCUACACUUUCGUCGGCCUGGGCGACCACAACAACGUAGAGGUGCUGGACGCUUGGAAUGACCUGCCCGACGACUACGGCCUGAACGCGUUCGCGCGCUUCGUGAAGCUGGCGCACAAGAACCCGCGCGCCAAGGCGAUGGUGUCCAUCGGCGGCUGGAACGAGGGCUCCAGCAAGUACUCCAAGAUGGCGAGCACGCAGGAGGGCCGCGCGCAGUUCGCCGACAACGCGGUCGCCUUCCUCCAGAAGCACGGCUUCGAGGGGCUGGACAUCGACUGGGAGUACCCGGCUCAGCGCGGAGGCGACGGCGGCGACAAGGAAAACUUCCCUAAACUCCUGGAAACAGUUUACAAGAAGUUCCAGGAGCAUGGCUUUUUGUUGAGUGUGGCUCUCGGAGCAGGCUCUGAAACGGUGGACACUUCGUACAUCGUUCCAGAAAUAGCAAAGAACGUGGACUUCAUGAACCUGAUGACGUACGACUUCCACGGGGACUGGGACUCGGAGACGGGCGAGGACGCGCCUCUGUACCCGCACUCGUCCGAGUGGGACGACGAGCGGGAGCUGAACGUCGACGCGAGCGUGAGGAACUACCUGAAGCUGGGCGCGCCGGCGGACAAGAUCAACCUGGGGCUGGGGCUGUACGGCCGCUCGUUCACGCUGCAGGACCCCGAGCACCACGGCAUCGGCGCGCAGGUGUCCGGCUCGGGCAGUCCCGGCCAGUACACGGAGGAGGCCGGCAUGCUGGGCUACAACGAGAUCUGCGAGCUGAAGGACAAGUGGACCGUCGUGUGGAACAAGGACCAGAAAGUGCCAUACGCCUUCAGCGGCAACCAGUGGGUCGGGUACGACAACGUGCAGUCCAUACAACUCAAGAGUCAGUACGUGAAAGACAAGAACCUCGGAGGCGCGAUGGUGUGGGCCGUGGACACGGAUGACUUCAAGAACGUGUGUGGCGAAGGCAAGAACUCCUUGCUGCAAGCCAUCAACGACAUUCUGAAAGGGGCUACGCCCCCUGCCGAGCAGCCCGCCACGUCAGCGCCCAAGACGACGAAGCCCCCGAGGCCGACCAGCGCGACGGCGCAAGGGUCGACGGGACAGCGGCCCACGCAGACGUCAGCGGCGCCUGCCCCCGCCGGCAUCUGCGACCACGCCGGCUACGUCAGGGACCCUUCCAACUGCCAGGUGUUUUACGAGUGCGUGUCGUCGGGCUCCGGCUACGUGAGCUACCGAUACGAGUGCCCCGAGGGCACGUACUUCGACACCAGCAUCGGCCAGUGUAACUUCGCCGCCCAGGUCGCCUGCCCGGCCAGCGGAUAG